AUGGCCUCUACAGCAGCUCAAAUUCACGUUCUUGGAUCAAAUUACACAUCUUUAUCCCCAAAUAACCCCACCCACAACCACCCCAAGUCUAAAUUCUUCGGAAACUCCGUGUCUUUUACAAACCCUAAAUCUUGCUUUCACACUCUAAAGAGCAGUAGACGCAGCAACAAGCUGAGAAUUGUGGCUGAGAAAGUGGUUGGGAUUGAUCUUGGAACCACCAACUCCGCCGUGGGUGCUAUGGAAGGUGGAAAGCCUGUGAUCGUUACCAAUGCUGAGGGGCAGAGGACUACACCGUCUGUCGUUGCGUAUACGAAAAACGGGGACAGAUUGGUUGGACAAAUUGCCAAGAGACAGGCUGUUGUGAAUCCGGAGAAUACGUUCUUUUCGGUGAAGAGGUUUAUUGGGAGGAAGAUGAUUGAGGUUGAUGAGGAGGCGAAACAGGUUUCGUAUACUGUUGUUAGGGAUGAGAAUGGGAAUGUUAAGCUUGAUUGUCCUGCUAUUGGGAAACAAUUUGCUGCUGAGGAAAUUUCUGCUCAGGUUUUGAGGAAGCUUGUGGACGAUGCAUCCAAGUUUUUGAACGAUAAAGUUUCUAAAGCUGUCGUGACAGUUCCUGCAUACUUCAAUGAUUCCCAGCGUACUGCCACAAAGGAUGCUGGGCGGAUUGCUGGAUUGGAGGUUCUUAGAAUCAUCAAUGAACCUACAGCAGCAUCUUUGGCCUAUGGUUUUGAAAGAAAGAACAAUGAGACUAUUCUUGUUUUUGACCUUGGAGGAGGAACCUUUGAUGUUUCAGUUCUCGAAGUUGGUGAUGGAGUGUUUGAGGUGCUUUCUACAUCUGGAGAUACACAUCUGGGUGGCGAUGACUUUGAUAAGAGAAUUGUUGACUGGCUUGCCUUGAGUUUUAAGAAUGAUGAAGGCAUAGAUCUUCUGAAAGAUAAGCAAGCUCUUCAACGGCUGACUGAGACAGCUGAGAAAGCCAAGAUGGAGCUAUCAUCUUUGACCCAGGCAAACAUUAGUCUGCCUUUCAUUACAGCCACAGCAGAUGGUCCCAAACACAUAGAAACUACUCUUACCAGAGCAAAAUUUGAGGAGCUUUGUUCAGAUCUCCUUGAUAGACUUAAAACCCCAGUUGAGAAUUCUUUGAGGGAUGCAAAGCUUUCUAUCAAAGACAUAGAUGAAGUAAUCCUAGUUGGUGGCUCAACCCGUAUUCCUGCGGUUCAGGGUGUUGUGAAAUCACUUACAGGAAAAGAGCCCAAUGUUACUGUCAAUCCUGAUGAAGUUGUUGCUCUUGGAGCCGCAGUUCAGGCUGGUGUUUUGGCUGGGGAUGUGAGUGAUAUUGUUCUUUUAGAUGUUACACCACUUUCUAUUGGGCUGGAAACACUAGGUGGUGUUAUGACAAAGAUUAUCCCGCGGAACACCACACUGCCCACUUCAAAAUCAGAGGUGUUCUCAACAGCUGCUGAUGGGCAAACAAGUGUAGAAAUCAAUGUUCUUCAAGGAGAGAGAGAGUUUGUAAGGGACAACAAGUCUCUUGGUAGCUUCCGACUUGAUGGAAUCCCGCCAGCUCCACGUGGGGUUCCUCAAAUUGAAGUAAAAUUCGACAUUGAUGCAAAUGGUAUACUUUCUGUUACUGCUGUUGACAAGGGCACUGGAAAGAAGCAGGAUAUUACCAUCACCGGUGCUAGCACAUUGCCCAGUGAUGAGGUAGAAAGAAUGGUCUCAGAAGCUGAGCGAUUUGCCAAGGAAGACAAGGAAAAGAGAGAUGCCAUUGACACAAAGAACCAGGCAGAUUCUGUUGUGUACCAGACAGAGAAGCAGUUGAAGGAACUGGGUGAAAAGGUUCCAGUCGAUGUGAAAGAAAAGGUGGAGGCAAAACUUGAGGAGCUCAAGAAGGCAAUAACAGACGGCUCAACUCAGGUUAUCAAGGAUGCAAUGGCGGCCCUGAACCAGGAAGUAAUGCAGCUUGGCCAGUCUCUAUACAACCAGCCGGGUGCAGCACCUGGUGGCCCGGCACCUGGUGGUGCAGGUGCAGAUGGUCCUUCAGAAGCGUCGGGAAACAAGGGGCCGGAAGAAGGAGAUGUUAUCGAUGCAGAUUUCACAGACAGCAAAUGAUAAAGAGAAAUGAGGAUUACAGCCCCACUUUUUUCUGUCAUGGUUCUUCCCAAAUGUGUACAAGGGAAAGCUUUGUCAAGAAUUAAUUUUAAUUAAUUAGUACUGGGGUUUACUAGUUUCUCCUAUUUCGUGAUCUUUUAGUUUUGAGGUUUCUAUUAGUAAAUAGAGCAUUACAUGUUUCCAAGUAUUACUAAUAGUAUGAUUUUUCUACUCU